UAAAUUAUCCACGUGUCUUUAAAAAGAUGAAACAGAAAAAAAAUAACGGAACAAUUUUAGUCGUCGUGAUGGUUUUAUCCUGGAGUCAAGUAGUAGACUUAAAAAGUAGUAACACACAUACUCAGGAUUCAGUGUCCGUUUCUCUGCCUGGCGACAUAAUACUUGGUGGGCUAUUUCCGGUCCAUGAAAAAGGUGAAGGUGCUCCUUGCGGACCAAAAGUAUAUAAUAGGGGAGUUCAACGCCUGGAAGCAAUGCUUUAUGCUAUAGAUCGUGUAAACAAUGAUCCCAACAUACUUCCGGGAAUUACGAUAGGAGUCCAUAUACUUGACACCUGUUCAAGAGAUACAUAUGCCCUCAAUCAGUCGCUUCAAUUUGUCAGAGCAUCCCUAAACAAUUUAGACACAUCAGUAUAUGAGUGUGCAGAUGGGUCAAGCCCGCAACUAAAAAAAAAUGCUUCGUCAGGCCCAGUUUUUGGAGUUAUUGGCGGUUCCUACAGUUCAGUGUCCUUGCAAGUGGCCAAUUUGCUGCGCUUGUUUCAUAUUCCUCAAGUAUCACCGGCCUCAACCGCUAAAACGCUUUCGGACAAAACACGCUUUGAUCUGUUUGCUAGAACAGUACCACCAGACACUUUCCAAUCCGUAGCCCUCGUGGACAUACUAAAAAACUUUAACUGGUCAUAUGUAUCAACGAUACAUUCGGAAGGAUCUUAUGGUGAAUAUGGAAUAGAAGCAUUACACAAGGAAGCUACCGAACGAAAUGUAUGCAUAGCGGUAGCCGAGAAAGUACCCAGUGCCGCAGACGACAAAGUUUUUGAUUCCAUUAUAAGCAAGCUUCAAAAGAAGCCUAACGCUCGCGGCGUUGUACUUUUUACGAGAGCUGAAGAUGCGCGUCGAAUUCUACAAGCAGCUAAACGAGCUAACUUAUCGCAACCAUUUCAUUGGAUAGCAAGUGAUGGUUGGGGGAAACAACAAAAACUACUCGAAGGCUUAGAAGACAUUGCUGAGGGUGCAAUAACUGUAGAACUGCAGUCAGAGAUAAUCGCAGAUUUUGAUCGCUACAUGAUGCAACUGACCCCAGAGACAAAUCAAAGGAAUCCUUGGUUUGCUGAAUACUGGGAAGAUACUUUCAACUGUGUUCUUACAUCCCUUCCGGUAAAACCUGAUGCUUCAAACUCGGUUAAUUCUACUGACAAUAAAAUCGGCGUCAAGGCAAAAACAGAAUGCGACGAUAGUUUCCGGUUAUCUGAAAAAGUUGGAUACGAACAGGAGUCAAAGACACAAUUUGUUGUGGAUGCCGUCUACGCAUUUGCCUAUGCACUUCAUAAUUUGCAUAAUGAUCGAUGCAACACACAAAGCGACCAAACGACAGAUACAAGGAAGCACCUAAAAAGCGAAACUGUGUGGUAUCGAAAAAUUUCGACUGAUACUAAGUCCCAAGCGUGUCCUGACAUGGCUAAUUAUGACGGAAAGGAUUUUUACAACAAUUACCUUUUAAACGUAUCAUUCAUAGAUCUUGCUGGCAGCGAAGUUAAAUUUGAUCGACAGGGCGAUGGUUUGGCCAGAUACGACAUUUUGAAUUAUCAACGGCUAGAAAACUCUUCAGGAUAUCAGUAUAAGGUUAUUGGAAAAUGGUUUAAUGGUUUGCAACUAAACUCAGAAACAGUUGUGUGGAACAAGGAAACCGAACAACCUACUUCGGCCUGUUCACUCCCAUGUGAGGUCGGAAUGAUCAAGAAACAACAGGGGGAUACUUGUUGCUGGAUAUGCGACAGCUGUGAAUCUUUUGAAUACGUAUAUGAUGAGUUUACGUGUAAGGACUGCGGUCCUGGACUUUGGCCCUAUGUUGACAAGCUUUCCUGCUAUGCUUUAGACAUCCAGUAUAUGAAAUGGAACUCGUUGUUUGCGCUUAUUCCGAUGGCCAUUGCAAUUUUUGGUAUUGCAGUGACCAGUAUUGUAAUAGUUUUAUUUGCAAAAAAUCAUGACACUCCAUUGGUAAGAGCUUCGGGACGAGAGCUAAGCUAUACUCUUCUCUUUGGUAUACUGGUUUGCUAUUGUAAUACUUUUGCACUGAUAGCUAAGCCAACAAUUGGCUCAUGUGUUCUACAAAGGUUUGGCAUUGGAGUUGGGUUUUCCAUUAUAUACAGUGCCUUGCUAACAAAAACAAAUCGAAUUUCACGAAUCUUUCACUCUGCUUCUAAGUCAGCACAGCGCCUUAAGUAUAUUAGUCCACAAUCACAAGUGGUGAUAACUACCUCUCUGAUCGCAAUACAGGUGCUAAUCACAAUGAUUUGGAUGGUAGUUGAACCACCAGGAACUAGAUUCUAUUACCCAGACCGAAGAGAGGUGAUUCUUAAGUGCAAAAUACAAGACAUGUCCUUUCUCUUUUCUCAGCUUUAUAAUAUGAUUCUCAUAACCGUUUGCACUAUUUAUGCAAUUAAAACGAGAAAAAUACCUGAAAACUUUAAUGAGUCAAAGUUUAUUGGAUUUACCAUGUAUACCACAUGUAUAAUCUGGCUUGCGUUUGUGCCCAUAUAUUUUGGAACAGGAAAUUCCUAUGAGGUGCAAACUACUACAUUGUGUAUUUCAAUAAGUCUAAGUGCAUCAGUGGCUCUUGUAUGUCUUUAUUCACCUAAAGUAUACAUCCUCGUCUUUCACCCGGACAAGAAUGUUCGCAAGCUGACUAUGAACAGCACUGUCUACAGGCGAUCGGCAGCGGCGGUAGCUCAGGGUGCGCCAACCAGCUCUGGAUAUAGUCGCACACAUGCACCAGGCACUUCUGCCCCAACAGGAGUUGCGGUUGGAACAAAUGCGUCUUCAAGUACCCUUCCGACACAAAAUAGCCCCCACCUUGAUGAAGCUUCAGCCCAAACAAAUGUUGUUCACAAGAGCAAUGGAGAAUUUCUACCUGAAGUUGGCGAACGCUUUGAGCCAAUCUGUCAUAGAGUAAAUAAGUAAGAUUAAUCGUGAGGAAAAAUCCCACUUUAAAACACUGUGCAAUAAAAUAAGACAGUAUAGGUUAACACAUGGCGAAUCUGACUCCUGAACCAAGGACUUAGAGAAAUACAUAGGUCCUCAACAUGAUUGCACACGAGUAACAUCAAACAUUCAGUUACGUAUUUUUAUUUUAUUGUAAAAUAUGUUAUACGAAUCCUACCCUCAGUGUGUGUAUUCUUUAAUUGAAUUCGGUAUCUGUUGAUCAUACUUAAUAAAAUUUUUAAAGGUUGCACAGUGAUCGAAUUCACGAAAAUACAUCCGAGUGCCUAAACUAUCUGGUACCCGUUAUGGAAAUUAAAACCAACAACUCACUUUCUCAAUAGACACUAACGUUACAAGCCAAAACAGUAUUCAAAUCAUAGUUACCAUAUGAAUUAUGGAAUAAUCCAUAGAUUUAUGGAAUUUUUUGGUAGGAGCAUAGUUUUUGAAAGAAAAAGUAGACUGAAAAAAAUAUAUGAUGGGCAUUGAAAGUAAACUUGAUCUGGGGUCAUAUUUACGUAGUUAGAGUCUAAAUCGUUAAUGCUAACUAUCAUGCUAUCAUCAUAACAGACGACAGUUUAUAAAUCGUAUUCAGCUAAAUCUAUGUAACAGGAAGUUUUGUUACUUCAUAAAUUGCAACCUGUCUUCGAAUAAUUUGGCAAGUCAAAUAUAUUAUCUAUAUACCAGACCAUUUUUAUGUCGUCCAAAUAAAUAAAUACAACUUCAAUUUACUUCAUCGAAAAACCAUAUUUUUUCAAAGCAGAAUUGUUUAAAGUCGUCCCAAAAUAUAAAUAUGGAUUUUUGUCAUUUUGCAACGCAACAAAAGAGACUCUUGCCAAAAUAUGAGGUAUAUUUAAGCUGAGUGAUGACUUCUUUUUUCCUUUUGUCCUUUUUGACGCAAACUAGAAGGGUUAACGCAGAACGCAGACGGGUUCAGUAAAGGGUAUCUGGUGGUUGUGCACUCGACUUAAGCGUCUUUAGUUCUUCCAUUUUUAAUAAAACCAUGUCAUUCACAUUCCUAUAUCCUAUCCAAAAAAAAAGUAUAUAAGAAUCAAAUAUAUUAUUAAAUAAAUCUAAUAGAAAUUACGUAAUAUCGCUUACAAGUCACAACAUAUCUGCAAAAUGGUAAAAUACUUAAGUGUGAACUACGUAUCAUAACCUUCUAACAUUAUUUUACAAAUACGUAUAUGUUUAAAAUUUGUUAGUUUGAAACUUUAAAAUUGUACUUUAGCAGAAGUUUACUACACACUAAAACGGCUUUAUAGCCGUAGAAUACACUUUUGAAUAACAUUAUUGACAGAUUACUGAAAUAGUGGGCACUUAGAGUACUUCGUAAAUAUGGAGCGAGUCUAAAUAAAUGAAUGAAUGGACUUAAUUUGUAUUUACAUACAUAGUUAGAAUCAACGCGUAUUCCCAUCCUUUAUCAAUAAAUAGGUUAAGUUUAAUUUUAAUAAUUUUUUUCGGGUAAAACUUUGCCCUGGUCCGGUAAACAUUUAAUUAUGUAAUUGCAAAUAAAAGUUAAACACCAAAAAAGAAGAUAAGGUAAUGCUCCAACGUUCCCGAUCUUAUAGAUGCUUCAAACAGAAUAACAUAGAAACAUACAUACAUAAAAGAAUCAGAUAAACUUCGAAUUACAAAUUCUACUUAACAUGACUCUGAAAAAUCUCUCAACGAGAGGCUAUUGUGUUUUGUAUUGAGGGUUGACUUUUGAAGGAUAAGAUUCUUUAGGCAGUUUUACUCUACGACUAAUGGAAAUACUUUUGUUAUUCCAUGAAUAUUUGUUUAAAUAUGUAAACAUAUAAACUUGCUUAUCAUUUUUUUUCCAUGUAUAGAGAAAUAGUAACAUUCUUUAAUGAGUUUAAUUUAAAAAAAUUAUGUUUGCUCAAUGGCCAACACUAUAACAAUGCUACCCAUGAACCAAAUUAUCCUACAUUUAUUUAAUGUUAAAGUUCUAAAUUAAAAAUGAUAAUAUAUUAAUUAUACAUGUAAAUCCUAUUAACAUUUUAUAGUCGUAGAUAAUCCGGAAAGUAUCAAUGCCAGUCAUAUACAUAUACAUACAUAGAGUAAUUAAUAUAAAGUUCCUUUAACCUACUUGUAUUAGAGUUUAAUUCUUUUUUUUACCAAAGUUGUCUGGAUAUGUCAUUUUUAAAACAUUGAAGUCCAAAUACGUGAAGAUACAACAAAUUUAACAAUAAAAAGCGAUAAGGUGUAUGAAAUUGCAAACCCCUUAUAUAUAAUAUAUUUAGCACAGUUAAUCAUUAUAAAAGUACACUAUGAAAUCCUAAACAGUAUCAUCUAAGUACAAAUAAAGCGAAUUAACUCUAUAAACAUUUCAUGGAUGCAAAACAUAAAUUAUAAGGAUAAGUAAACAAUAAAAAGCCAAAGCAACGAAAAAUUUUAAUUUUGGUAAUAUUUUUUAGUUUUUUUUUUUGGGGAAUCUAUAUAUAUUGCUAAUUUGUGUUGGUUUUAUAAAGUUUCUAAGUACAUUAUGUAAGAGGUUUAAAUAAAAAAACUGGAAUGUCUCUGUUUUCUAACAGCAACCCCUUGAUCAGCGAAAUCAAUCAAACAGGUAUAUAUGUAUAUAUAAGCAGUAUACGAAAUAAACUUGCUUACCUUGGAAAUACGCGUGUACACUUUUUUUGCACAAAGUGUCGAUUUAAAAGAAUCUAAGUUUCAACUAAAUUUAAGAGAAUUAAGAAAGCUAGCUUUAAAAAGCCAAAACAAUAAAGCCGUUUAGCAAUUAUUUAUAUAAUAAAAACAAUAGAAAAUGCUAUAGUCGAGUUCCCCGACUAUCAGAUACCCAUUACACUCAGCUAGUGGGAGGGAAUGAGAACGCGAAAUUUCAUUAUUUUUCUGGG